UGGCAUUCGUCCGCAGUAGAACUUCUUUUCGUGUGAUGUUUAAUAAAAAGUGCAAAAGACACUGACACAGUGAGCAUAUCAUUCGCCUUUACAAGGAAAAUGCAACCGAGCAGUCCUACCCCUGCUUCCACCGAGAGGUCCAUGCCGGUCCGGUUUUUAGUCUGCGGCGCUGGUAGCAUCGGGCGGGAGUAUGCAUUGCGGCAUUUGGUGCCAGCAAAUGGCGCCUUUGUGGCAGGCAUCGUAGACAGGGACGCUUCUGCGCGAAAAGCGCUCGCAGGCCUCGUGACCCGGCAGCAGGCUGGUGGUGUCGUAACCGGACGAAAGUACCAAGAAAGUGUCGACAUCGACAUGGGAGAUGACAGCAAUGAUCUUCACAAGAUGAAGAAACAUCCUCCAUGUCCCGACUUUGCUUCCAUAAAAGAGGCAAACACGGCACUAGCGUCCAAUCCAAACGAUUUAUCGAUCCCCUUCGCGGCUGUCUACGUAGGAACGCCGCCUGGGAGUCAUGCGCCACUCGUUCGAGAGGCCUUCUCGCUUGGAAAGCACGUUUUGCUAGAGAAGCCGAUUGCCGCAUCACCUGAAGAUGGAGAUGGGAUCGUAAAGGUCGCUGAAUCCGCUUCUUCAACUUAAGGCUGAGACUUCAUUGGUGAACGAGGUUGGUCUCUGACGUCAAAACGAAGGCACUUCGAGAGACCAGGGACAAACAUCAAGGGAAAAUGUGAGAGCCAUGUACUAGGUUGUCGAGUCCCUUCAGAAUCAGUGACCAAUGACUGCUGGCGUUUAAUCGACACAACCUCCAGGGAAGAGCCUUUUUCUCAAUGUGAAUAUCGGUAUGCAGUACAACAAAGCAUUGCUGAAAUUGUGUGGGGAGAUUCAGAUUGCCGCGAUUCAGGCUGGAAGUAAUGUCGUCGAAUCUGCAGCAAUCCGUUUGUGGUUCCGGCAAUGGCCACGUGACUGGCAGACAGGCGCGAAAUGGGUUGGCGAAAAAGCUGAGGGAGGACCUCUUCGGGAAGUAGGAACGCACUAUUUGUUUGGGUUUCAGAAACUUUUCGGGUCCAGGUCAAUACGCGAAAUCUCGAAUGUGAGUGUGGGGUACAACAACGCUGAACACUCUACUUUGUCCGAAACCAGUGUGCGCGCUACGAUGAAAGUUGUGCCAACCACAACCACGACGACCACAGGCGAUGUUAUUUUUUCUGGGAUCGCGGAGGACAAGAAUCACCAUCAAGAAAAUCAUUUCUUUUGCGACUUGGACAUCCGAACGAAUGAAAGCGCCCGUGAAGAUGACAUGUACGAGAUGGAAAUAAAGCUAAAGUCCGGCACUCGAUUUGUUUUGCAUGACUUUACCAGUUUGAGGAAAUACGAACAUCUUGAACAAGGAGAAACAAUUGGAGAAGGCCGUGAGAUAGAAGUAGAAGAACAGCUUUGUUCAAAUGAAGGGUACGGACGAGCGGAAUGCGUCCUGGAUCUAGUAAGCGCGAUUCAGAGGGCCACGCCUAUUGCAGGAGUGACAGCACGAGCUGCAAGAGACACACAAACCGUUGUAGAUGCGUUACUGAUAGGUUCUGGUGUUGAUAGUGCUCCCUCUCGCAGAAUCCUGCAUUAUAUUGAAGAAUAAAAGGUUAGCGUGAACGCGUCUGAAUUGUCUCUGAUCUGCCGGUAGAGAAGACGGAUAAUUCUUGUGCUGGUCUUUGGUUCUUCGAC